AUGUAUAUUGUGACGUCAGAAAUUAACGUUAUCACUACAGACAAACUGCGACAUUACACGGAGACAACAGCUUUUAAGUUAAAGACAGAAAGAAUAAUAUGUUAUCAUCUUUAUAAAAUGGAUCAAGGUAUUUCUAACAUGGAUACAAAAUUCAGUACAGAAUCUAAGUCAUCAGAAAGAUUCACAAGCAUUCUUGAAGUGAGGAGGAUGAAAAGGAAAGAGGAAGAAGAGGCCGACAUUGAGUGGUGUCCAACUGAAAAACAAGAUGAAGCUGAUGUGGCAAGACGAAUGGACAGUAUCAUUGAUAAAUUAAAAAGGAAAUUCAAAGAAGAGAAGCAAGCUAGAAAGCAGCCAGAGGUGGUGAGCAUUAAGUAUAAAUCAUUUUGUAACAGCGUUGAUGCUUUUCUCCGGCAUCAAGAGUACCUUAAGGUGAGAGUUAAGUAUUCAACGUCAGGGGAGGUAAUGCAGUCUCAUAGAGCAUUGUCAGGGGAGAUUAUAACCACAGCAGCUGUAACACCAGAUGAAAUUAGUGACACUGGAAAAAUUUCAGUUGACACGCCAACUGAAACUAGUCAGCUUCAAGAAGAAAACGAUGAAGAUAAUAAUAGAAUAAGACAGUUGAAAUAUGGAGACGAAGAAGGUAACGAUUUUAUUCCUUCUGUACAAAGUACCUUAAUUGUAAACAAGUCUAAAGUCGUCCACAUUGAAGCCGCGCCUGUUUUAAAGUCAACAGUAUUCCAAGAGAUAACAUUGAAUAAGCAAUUAACAGCAGCCAAUGAAAGUGAUAUUAAGUUCGUGAUGAAUUCGACAAGAAAGAGUCAGAAGUUCAAUGGCCACUUCAUACCUUUAAAACAAAAGAAAUUGAACCACGGACAUUGGGUACCACAAAUCUAUGAACCUUGCCGAAACACUUACAUAGACUUUAACAGAAAACCAGUGUAUUUGAAAUGUUAUGAAGAGACAUUCAAACCUGUUGGACUGCCUGUUUUCAUGGUCAACACAAAAUGUGAAUUUGGUGGCCACAUAUGUAUGCCGAAACUCCCUCUUGUAAACAAGUUUAUUAUGAUUAAAGAAAAUAUAUUUCUUUCUGAGGAUGUACCUAGCAGAAUGAAGUUACAGGCAAAGAUAAUGUUGAAACCAUCUGUCGGCAUCCAAGUAUCUAGGAAUUUCGGUCUAGGAAGUGUAUUCAACAAUGUCAUAAGUUCCGAUGUGGUUGAACGUACACGGAAACUAGUUGUGUUAAAAAUUGCUCAUUUUGAAGGGUUCUUUGGGCACUAUUUUAGUCCUGUAAUUCAAGUUGGAAGAGACAAAGGCACCAAUGGUUUAGCACUGUCUUCGAUAAAUGAUGACGGAAAACUAAUCUUUUGUGGCGGUAAAUAUAUCAACAUAGUGCAACCUUUCAUAGUAACGACAACUUUGCCGGACAAACAAGUAACAGUUGAUACCGCCAAAGAAGUGUCAACGCAUUUGGACACAGAAGAUUCCAUCAAAGAAGACAGUAUUGGCCUAAAAUUAAAGUCAAUCAAACGUUUUGAAACACCUGAAAAUUUCUCUGUUGGUACUGCUGCCCUGUCAACCGACGGCUGCGAAACUAUUAAACAAGACAAUGUCUGUACUGAACAACUAGAACGCAUCGAAGACGACAUAGAUGAUGAAUCUCAAUUUGGAAUACUUUCUGUCUAUUGCAGAAGUGGAAUUCAUUCUUGUUGAAUCCAUAGUCGAAGGCAAAGAGUUGAACAACAUUGAGGAAAAUAUUUGGAACUUCAUUUUUAUCUAUAUUAUGAUUAAAAAGCUUACAUUUUAAC